AUGGCCAGCGCCGGUACUCAGCCAGCGACAGCUGGUAACUCGCAGUCGCACCCUUAUACGUGUAACACAUGCCAGGUAGCCUACCGCAGCAUCGAGUUGCAAAAGGGCCACAUGAAGAGUGAUUGGCACCGGUACAAUCUCAAGCGCAGAGUUGCAUCCUUGCCCCCCAUCUCCGCCGAUACCUUCACCGAGAAAGUCCUGCAAGCACGCGCCGUAACAACCGCGGAGGAAGACAAAGCACUUUUCGAACGAGUCUGCGAGCCAUGCGCCAAGACCUACUUCAGCGAGAAUGCCUACCAGAACCACUUGCUCAGCCAGAAGCACAAGAACAAGAUUUCGACGACUGGACAAAGACCUGACGACGAGACGACCUCGGUCAUCAGCUCGACAUUUACCCUUGGAGAGCCCGCCCCCGCUCGCCGAGACUCUGUCGACUCAGCUGCUGAACAAGAAUUCAACGAGGUCGUCGAGGGUAUCCAGCGAACCAAGCUCGUCCAGGAUGAGCAGAAUCCUUCGCCCGUCAAGCGUCCCUCCAACCCUCAAAUCACAUCUGCUGAUGCCGAUGCUGAGAUGGACCGUGAAUCCAACAACAAGACACCGGUGCAACAGGUGCCCGCCUGGUCAAUCCAGUCAUGCAUUUUCUGCAACUACAGCUCCCCGACGGUGCCGUUGAACAUUCUUCACAUGGAGCGCUUCCACGGCAUGUUCGUACCCGAAAAGGCAUACCUCGUGGACUUGGAUGGUUUGGUCAAACAGUUGCAGGAGAAGGUUCACGAGGACCACGAGUGCCUGUACUGCGGCAAGGUCAAGUCCACCGUCUUCGGCAUCCAGACACAUAUGAGGGACACGGGUCACUGCAAGAUCCCCUUUACUACCGAACGUGAUCAGCUGGCAAUUGGUGACUUCUAUGAUUUCCGCAGCACCUACUCGGACGGCGAGGAUGACGACGAGUCGGACAGUGGUGACGCCGAUGACACGGACAAGGAGGGCGGAGCCAAGUUGGGCGCUCGCCGCACAGCCAAGACCAUUGACGAGAAUGGAGAAGAAAUUGAGGAGGGAGACGGUUGGGAGACUGACAGCUCGGCUUCGUCUCUCGACUCGGAGGAUCUGCACGCUGUGCCAGCCGAGGGCCACUUACAUCAGUACGAGCGUUUGGACAAGCACCCGCACCAUUCAAGUAGAGAUCCUCGCCAACGCCAUCAGGCCGAUGGCUGGCACUCCUACUCGCACAAGCACACCCGGGGUGUGUUCUACGACGACUACGAGCUUCACCUUCCCACUGGCAAGUCCGUGGGUCACCGCUCGAUGAACAAGUACUAUCGUCAGAAUCUGUACCACUACCCCACUGCGGAGGAGCGUGCCGAGCGACAAGCUAUCGAGGCUGCCAGAUCGUCAGAUGACGAGGAAGAGGGCGACAACCAGUUGGCCGUCAGGAAUGGCCGGGAGCGCGCAGUGAUUCCUCGUGGGGCCAGGGGCAUGGCCGGCGUGUCAGACAAGAAGCGGAUGGCUGCCGAACGCUCUGAGCAGAGGGGACGAACGCAAGAGCAGGUUGAUGUGAAAAAGAAGGACUAUGCGUACGGCAAGAAGCUAAACAACCAGAAGACGUAUUACUACCGGUACCAGAGAGGUGGUUAG